CGUCGGUCCGGAAGGGGCGGGCCCGCCGGGAGCCAGGCCGCGCCGCGCCGGCCGGGAGGGGGCCGGAUCCCGGACCAUGGCGGCGGCGGCGGGCGCCGAGGGGCGGCGCACGGAUCUGGAAGCGGCGGUGACGGCGCCUGAGCGGGGCGGCGGAAGCUGCGUGCUGUGCUGCGGCGACCUGGAGGCCACGGCGCUGGGCCGCUGCGACCACCCGGUGUGCUACCGCUGCUCCACCAAGAUGCGGGUGCUGUGCGAACAGCGCUACUGCGCGGUGUGCCGCGAGGAGCUGCGUCAGGUGGUCUUUGGGAAGAAGCUUCCUGCCUUUGCCACCAUCCCCCUCCACCAACUGCAGCAUGAAAAGAAGUAUGACAUCUACUUUGCAGAUGGACAAGUGUUUGCCUUAUACAGGCAGCUGCUGCAGCAUGAGUGCCCGCGGUGCCCAGAGCUGCCACCCUUCAGCCUCUUCGGGGACCUGGAGCAGCACAUGCGGAAGCAGCAUGAGCUCUUCUGCUGCCGGCUAUGCCUCCAACACCUCCAGAUUUUUACAUAUGAGCGCAAGUGGUACUCACGCAAGGACCUGGCUCGGCACCGCAUGCAGGGCGACCCUGAUGACACAUCACAUCGUGGGCACCCACUCUGCAAGUUCUGCGACGAGCGCUACCUGGACAAUGAUGAGCUGCUCAAGCACCUGCGCCGCGACCACUACUUCUGCCACUUCUGUGAUGCAGAUGGAGCCCAGGACUACUACAGUGACUACGCAUACCUGAGAGAGCACUUCCGGGAGAAGCACUUCCUAUGUGAGGAGGGCCGCUGUAGCACAGAGCAGUUCACGCAUGCCUUCCGCACUGAGAUCGACCUCAAGGCACACAAGACAGCCUGCCACAGCCGGAGUCGCGCUGAGGCCCGGCAGAAUCGCCAGAUUGACCUACAGUUCAGCUAUGCACUGCGGCACUCACGCCGGAACGAGGGGGUCAUUGGAGGUGAGGACUACGAGGAGGUGGACAGGUACAGCCGCAUGGGCCGGGUUGGUGCACGUGGAGCCCAGCAGAGCCGCCGAGGAAGCUGGAGGUACAAGAGGGAAGAAGAGGACCGAGAAGUGGCAGCUGCCAUCCGGGCCUCAGUGGCUGCACAGCAACAGGAGGAGACUCGCAGGAGUGAAGACCGGGAGGAGGGCAGUAGGCCCAAGAAAGAGGAGACAGCAGCUCGGGGAUCUGAAGAGCCCCGUGGUCCCCGACGCAUGCUCCAGACUCAGGGUGAAGGCCCAGGUGCCAGAGAAACCUCAACAAAUGGUCCCUUAUGCCAAGAAACCUUCCCAGCGAUGGGCCCAGCAACAGGAGCAGCCCCCAUGAGCACCCUCCCAUCACCUGCCCCCAAGCUCAAGGACGAAGACUUUCCCAGUCUCUCUGCUUCCACAUCCUCCUGCUCCACAGCAGCAGCCCCAGGCCCUGUAGGGUUGGCGCUCGUGUACCCUAUUCCUGCCAGAGGCAGGAACACCUUCCAGGAAGAGGACUUUCCUGCCCUGGUGUCCUCAGGGUCCAAGCCCAGUGCUGCCCCUACCAGCCUCAUCUCUGCCUGGAACAGCAACUGCAGCAAGAAGAUGGCGCAGCCCAGCCCAGCAGCCCAGGCUGCUGGAGGGGGCAGCCAGCCCACCAGGAAGGCUGGGAAGGGAAGCAGGGGCAAGAAGGGCUGCCCACCCGCUACAGAGGAGGAGGAGAGAGGGCAGGAGCUGCGGAGUGCAUGCACCAUAGUCUCUGUCUCCUCCCCGCUGGGGCCAGCCUCCACCCAGACUUCCAAAAUUGGCAAGAAGAAGAAGGUGGGCUCUGAGAAGCCCAAUGCCACAUCACCCCAGCCACUGCCCCUCGACUGUCCCCCAAAGCCCCUUGGGGCUGAGCAGGCCCCUGACACUCCCACCAGCAGAGCCGAAGGGCCAGUUGGUAUCAUCAAUGGACAUGCAGAGGGCCUAUCCCUGGCACGGAGCACACCCAAGGAACCCCCUGGGCUCCCGAGGCCCCUGGGGCCCCUCCCCUGCCCCACGCCCCAAGACGACUUCCCAGCACUAGGUGGCCCCUGCCCACCCCGGAUGCCGCCUCCCCCAGGCUUCAACACUGUGGUGCUCCCGAAGGGUACACCACCCCCACCCCCACCAGGUCUGGCACCCCCCGUCAGUAAGCCACCCCCUGGCUUCUCUGGCCUCCUGCCCAGCCCCCACCCAGCCUGCGUCCCCAGCCCUACCAACACCACAAAAGCGCCUAGGGUAUCGCCCAUACCACGGGCCUACCUGGUCCCUGAGAACUUUCGGGAGAGGAACCUACAGCUCAUCCAGUCCAUCAAGGAUUUUUUGCAGAGUGACGAGGCCUGCUUCAGCAAGUUCAAGAGCCACUCGGGGGAGUUCAGACAGGGAGUGAUUUCUGCUGCCCAGUAUUACAAGAGUUGCCGGGAUCUGCUUGGGGAGAACUUCCAGAAGAUCUUUAACGAGCUGCUGGUGCUGCUGCCUGACACCGCCAAGCAGCAGGAGCUGCUGUCUGCACAUGCCGACUUCCGCAGUCGUGAGAAGCCUCCCAGCACCAAGUCCAAGAAGAACAAGAAGAGUGCAUGGCAGGCUGACACCCGGCAGGUGGGCCUGGAUUGCUGCGUGUGCCCUACUUGCCAGCAGGUACUUGCUCACGGUGAUGUCAGCAGCCACCAAGCGCUGCAUGCCGCCCGGGACGAUGACUUCCCCUCUCUGCAAGCCAUUGCCAGGAUUAUCACGUAGCUCCCGCCGGCAAGGACAGGAGCCAUCACACCUGCGAGCAUCCUUUCUCCUUCCUUGCUUCUCCCGGCUGCCAGGCAGCUAGGUGAGGCUGCCUGCUCAGGCCUACCAGGGAGUCACCAGGAAGGUCCACCCUGCCCAUCAGCACAGUCACUCAGAAGUUCCAUCCCCUGCCUCAGGAGUGGGCUGGUCUGGUUUGUGCUCUCAUGCUUUUGGAAGGUACCAAGGGAGGGUAGGGUUGGGGUGCUGAGACCUGUCCUUUUGUCAAAGCCAGAGGUCACGGUGGCCUGAUCUGGGCCCUCCAGAAUCAGAGGGCUGCUGCACCUGCGGCCCCAAGCCUGAAAGUUGUCCACUGGUGCUGGAGUCAGAUGUCACAUUAGUUGUGUAAACAGUUGGCUGUUUCAUGAUUCAAGAAUGUUCAGGAUUAAAAACAGACACGAAAUUGUGCUACUUGAAGUUGAAUCUUUUUAUGAGACAAGCUGAGUCUGGGAUCUCAAAUUGCCUCUGGACUUUUAUAAGACAGUUUAUCUUCAAAUAAAUUUAUUUUGCAAUACC